UCACGCUUUACAGAUCUCGCCGAUUCGCUGUGUGUGUUUGUUGUCGUCAGCUUCCUUCUCGUGAGAUCUCGAGAGAUCCAUGGCCGAGUUCAGUCCCAAUGUCAGAGGCGACCCAAGCGUGGGUUCCCUCGUGGUGUGCACCUUCAGACUCGGAGAAGUGCCAUCCCUCCGGAGAGCCAGGUCAUCAUCCAGCUUGUUCCGCAGAGCCAACGGAGAGGACUUCUCGCGUGAAACGUCGAUGAUGCGCCGGGUGGAAUCGUCACCCAGCCUCUCGGGUUCGAUUGUGGCCUGUUUCAGCGAGGUCUUCUUGACGAUCCCAAACUCGCCAGCGAACCAGGACAU